CUCUUCAGCGGCUGCGGCUUCAUAAUUAAUUGCAGAUAUCUGUCUCCUAUCGAUGUGUGUGUACGUGUGUGUUGUGUGUGUGAGUGAGUGAGGGAGUGUGUGUGUGUGUUUUUGCCUCUUUCUCCCUAAACCGAACAUGAAAUAGUUUGUUGGGCUACACUUUUCCUUCCUCCUCUCUGUCCCCCCCUUCUUUCCUUUCCUUCUCUUCUCUCCUUCCUUCCUUCCUUCCCGUCCUGGUUCGCGGACGCACACGGACUCGCGGAGACCCAGCUGCGUUCGCCGCCGGUGAUGUUGGACAUGGGAGAGCGCAAAGAGGUGAAAAUGAUUCCAAAAUCCUCCUUCACCAUCAACAGUUUGGUUCCUGAGGCCGUGCAGAGCGACAACAACAACCAGCAGCAGCAGCAGCAGCAGCAGCAGCAUCAUCACAGCCAGCACCACCUGCACCACCAUCACCACCACCACCACAACCAGAGCCAGAGCCAGAGCCAGAACCUCCACCAGAACCUCCACCUCCAGCAGCAGCAGCAGCAGCAGCAGCAGCAGCGGGCCGCUGCCGGCGCGGACGAAGCCGAGCUGAAAGCGGCAGCCGCGGCUCCGCAGCAGCAGCAGCAGCAGCAGCAAGAAGGAAAAGCGGAGGCGAAAAGUGACGCGUCGACUCUCCUACAGGAGAAGAUCAGCGCCGAGGAGAAGCAGCAGCAGCAGCAGCAGCAGGAGGAGCAGCAGGAGGAGAAGAAGGACAGCGGCAAAGACGGAGGAGGAGGAGGAGGAGACGCCGCGGGGAAGGAGGGAGAGAAGAAGAGCGGCAAGUACGAAAAACCUCCGUUCAGCUACAACGCGCUCAUCAUGAUGGCGAUCAGACAAAGUCCCGAGAAGCGGCUCACGCUCAACGGCAUCUACGAGUUCAUCAUGAAGAACUUCCCGUACUACCGCGAGAACAAGCAGGGCUGGCAGAACUCCAUCCGGCACAACCUCAGCCUCAAUAAGUGCUUCGUCAAAGUUCCGCGUCACUACGACGACCCGGGCAAAGGGAACUACUGGAUGCUGGACCCGAGCAGCGACGACGUCUUCAUCGGCGGGACCACCGGUAAGCUGCGCCGCCGCUCCACCACCUCCCGGGCCAAGCUGGCCUUCAAGCGCGGGGCCCGCCUCACUUCCGGCCUGACCUUCAUGGACCGCGCGGGCUCCCUGUACUGGCCCAUGUCUCCCUUCCUGUCCCUGCACCACCCGCGGCCCGGCGGCGCGCUCGGCUACAACGGCGCGUCCCCGGGUUACCCGGGUCACCCCAUGUCCUACAGCACCAUGCUGACCCAGAACAUGGCCAACAGCCACUCGUCGUUCCCGCCCUCUAACGGGCUGAGCAUGGAGCGGCUGGUCGGCGGGGAUCUGCCCUACGCCACGCACCACCUGACCGCCGCGGCCCUCGCGGCCUCCGCGGUUCCCUGCGGCCUCUCGGUGCCCUGUUCUGGGGCCACGUACUCCCUCAACCCGUGCUCGGUGAACCUGCUGGCCGGACAGACCAGUUACUUUUUCCCGCACGUGCCGCACCCGUCCAUGAGCGCGCAGAGCGGCAGCGGCGGCGGCGGCGUCUCCCUGCAGGCCGCAGCCCGGGCCGCGGCCUCCGGUUCCCCGCAGGCUCCGUCCUCGUCCUCGCUGCCCUGCAGUGACUCUCUGCGGCCGCCGCUGUCCGCCGCUCUGCCCGCCUUCUCCUCAGGACUGUCCGCGGGUCUGUCCGAUUAUUUCACCCACCAGAACCAGGGAUCCACGUCCAACCCGCUCAUCCACUAACACACACCGGAAGCACGUGACCCCGACCUGACCCCGUCCACCUGAACCUCACCCCUCCAUCCCUCCCUCAUCCUCUCAUCUUCCCGCCCUGAAGGAGUGAAAAUCUUUAAAAAAAACAAACUCUGGAACAUUUUACACUGAACUUUAAAGUUGUAAAAAAAACAAAACAAACAAACAAACAAUUACAAAAUUAUUAUAAACGACCUGCUUUAGAAAAAAGAGGAGAGACUUAAAAAGAGAGGAAGCAGCAGCUCUGACGUUUCCAGGUAUUUUUUAAUAUUAUUAUUAUUAUUAUUGUUAUUGUUCUUAUCAUCACUGCUUCUUCUUCUGCAGUUUUAAUGUGUGUGAACAUAAACGUCUGUUUUAAAUGUCGUGAAACAGAGAGAAUGAUGAAGCUUCUUCUCCUCCUCCUCCUCCUCCUCUCUGUGGAGGAGACGUUACUUUUUAUAGAAUGUGUAUAGUUUUGUCUAAUUUUGAGAUUAAAUAAAUGUUGUUAUUAUUAUUAUUAUUAUAAUAAUAAUAAUAAUAAUAAUGAUGAUGAUGAUAAUAAUGUCUGUACUGAUAAUAAUAAUAAUAAUAAUAAUAAUAAUAACAACCCGCAUGUUUGCAGUAUUAAAAACGUCUCAUGCGGGUUAAUAAAAAAAAGCAGAAGCGGCGGAGAUUAAUUUUAUUUGACAGAAAUUUCAACACUCAUUUUUUUAAUUUUUGUCUCUUCAGUGAAAUGUUUGGGUUAAGCCGCCGUUAACGUCCUCUAAAAAGAAUGUUUAUUUUCCCUCAUUGGUUAAAUUCAGAUCUGUUGGUGUUUUUUAGACCAAAGAGUGGUUUUUGGGUUUUUUCAUGUUGAAUCAGUGUUGAGAUGCGGAUCAGGACCAGAGGCCUGCUGUGCGUGGAUUGAAUGACUGAAUGAAUGAAUGAAUGAAUGAAUGAAUGACGCCUCAGUCACUGCCGAAAACGUCCAUUUAAACGGAAUUUAAAGUUCAGGUUUAAAUUGUUGUUUUUCUGUCGCAGUUUGUUCUUAGUGACUCAGUUUCUCCUUAAAUUGGCAGAAAAGUGAAUGAGGUUUGGUUUUCAGUUCGUGUCACUUUGUCUUAAUCUUAUAUUUAAUCUAUUCGAGGAAACAAAUAAAUAAUAAUAAUAAAUGAUAAAAGAAUAAAAGAAGUCACAUUUGCGUCUCAGUGGUGGAUGGAUGUUUUCUGCAGUGACGCCGGUGAUGCGUUCACUGCCCGUUAACACGCGCACGUUCACAUUCUUUUCUUUCUUUCUUUCUUUCUUUUUUAUUUUUAAAUAAUGACUAAACGAGAGAGAGUUUCUAAUCCGAAUCUAUUUUUUUUAUUAUUAUUUAAUUCGACUGUACAUGUUUAUUUCCGGGCUGCAGCAGCGGGAGGAAAAAUUCCGUGACUUUGAAUGAUUGUCCUUUAACUGUCGUUUUCCAUGGUUGUGACUCUGUUGUGCUCUGAUUCUUAUUCACGUGUUUGUCGCUUAUAAAAAGUUCAAAAAAAGGAGAAAAAAAAUGUUUUAAUCCUAAAAAAAAAAUCAAAUAAAAAAAAUAAAAGAAUAGGUUUCAUUCAGAACUAAAGCAAACAUCAUUU